GCUCCAGAAGCCCCCACCGAAGCUGGCCUUGCUCUGUCUCGCCAUGGCCUCUCACUCAGGCCCCACGACGUCUGUGCUGUUUCUGCUGUGCUGCCUGGGAGGCUGGCUGACCUCCCACACGUUGCCCGUCCAUUUCCUACGACCAAGUGAUAUACAGAAAAUAGUCGAGGAAUUACAGUCCCUCUCGAAGAUGCUUUUGAAAGAUGUGGAGGAAGACAAGGGGGUGCUCGUGUCCCAGAAUUACACGCUGCCGUGUCUCACCCCUGAUGCCCAGCCGCCAAACAUCAUCCACAGCCCAGCCAUCCGGGCAUAUCUCAAGACAAUCAGACAGUUAGACAACAAAUCUGUUAUUGAUGAGAUCAUAGAGCACCUCGACAAACUCAUAUUUCAAGAUGCACCAGAAACAAACAUUUCUGUGCCAACAGACACCCAUGAAUGUAAACGCUUCAUCCUGACUAUUUCUCAACAGUUUUCAGAGUGCAUGGACCUUGCAUUAAAAUCAUUGACUUCUGGAGCCCAGCAGGCCACCACUUAAGGCCAUCUCUUCCUUUCAGAAUGGCAGGAACUUAAGGAGCCUUAAAAAGAUGACCGACAGCUAAGUGUGGGAACUCUGCCGUGAUUCCUUAAGUACAUUUUUCCAAUGAGUAAUCUCAGUGACCCCUCAGAUGGGCUACUCCUGGGAGGGCUGAGAUGUAAAUUUGUGAAUUACCUUGAAAAACAUUAGGUUAUUGUUAUUAGUCUUGGUAUGUAUGGAAUGCUUUUCUUCAGGAGGCUUAAACCUUACUUAUUAUACCCUUGUGAGGGCAGGAGGUGGCAGUUAUGUUAAUUUAUUGAUAUUUAUUGUACUAAAAGUUGUUAAUGCUCCCUGGGGGAGCCCUAGGAAUCUAUUUAAUAAAUUAUAUUGAAUUUUUCUCAUAAUCUGUCAUGCGUUUUGUGAGGGGCUUGACAUUGGCA